GUUUUGAGAUGUCAAAUUUGAGUCUAGCUUGUCAUUUUACUUUUAUGCCUUUUACGAAAGAGAAGAAAUGACUGAAAAUGAGUUGUGGAACGGUUUCAGCCGUUGGAACUUUCAUGAAAAGUCCUCUUGUGUCCUGGGCUAAAACAUUUCAAGAUGAAGAAAAGAAAAUAUUGGAGUACAGAGGGCUGUGUGAUGGUGUAUUUCUCAACAGUAUCUGGUUAGAAAUAGAUCCUCAUCCUCCUUAUCAUGGGAUCAACAGUUCAACUGAGGAUGUUUCUACACGCAUCAGAAAUUUGGAUGUUCUGCUUCACAAUAUCAAAGCUUUCUACGAAGAAGUUCUUGGACAGCUACUACUAAUAAAGAUUCCUGACAUUUUAACUUUGGCAAAGCAGCAUGAUGAAUAUUCUAGUGUUGGAGAGAUGGAGACUUUGUUACUGCUUAUAUUAGGAUGUGCAGUUCAGUGUGAACGCAAAGAACAUUUUAUCGAAGUUAUUAAAUCAAUGGAUUUGGAGAUACAACACAAAAUAGUAGAUUAUAUUCAGCAGAUAACAGAUAAUCCAGAAGCCAUUUGGACCAACGAAUGGAACGAAUUAAGUCUUGUACCACCUGAAGAACAAGAGCAUAUGUAUAACAUGCUGGUCCAGCACCUUCGUCGUCUAGUCAAAGAAAGGGAUGAAUUAUCUCAAAAAGUAGUUCAUUCUGCUUUGCAAAAUCUGUGCCUCACUUCCGGGACCACUCCUAUAAGCCCAUCCAGUGCUAGUAGCAUGGACAAAUCUCAUCUCAUUGUAGAAUUAGCUGAUGUCAAAGCAAGACUGAGGAAGCUUCAACAAGAAGUAGAAGAAAAAAAUGAAGGUAUUACUGAGUUGAAGGAAGAAUUGGAAAAAGCCAAAGAAUCUCAGUGUAAACUUCGGCAAGAAAAUUUAGAAUUGGUUCAAGAUGCUCGUACAGCCAAAACCUAUAGAGAUGAAAUAGAUAUUUUAAAAGAAAGGGUUCGAAAAGUUGACAGACUAGAAAGUGAAAUCCAAAGAUAUAAAGACAAAAUGAAUGAACUGGAUUUUUACAAAUCUCGAGUUGAGGAACUUCGAGAGGAUAAUAGGAUUCUCGUGGAGACUAAGUCUAUGCUUGAAGAACAGUUAGAAGCUAGCCGAAAAAGAGCUGAGCAAGUGAUAGAAUUAGAAGCUGAAAUUCUUAAAUAUUGCUCACAAAUCAAUGAACUUAACAUUGAACGUGAAGCUGAUCGAGAGAAAAUCCAAGGAUUGUUGGAGGAAAAUGCUCAGUUACAUAUUGAGCGGAAAGCCUCCAUGGAAGAGCUUGUUCAGCUUCAGAGUGAACUUUCUCAUGCAUUUACUCAUUCUUCCCCACUAGAAAACCAUAGCCUUUUAGAGCAAUUAAAUACUGAUGCCCAGACCCGUGUUUUGCAGUUAGAGUUAGAAAAUCAAAGACUUCGUAUGCUGGUUGAAAGCUUGAAUCGAUCCCCUUCAUUUGAAAUAACUGAUUCUGAAGGAAUGAAAGAUAUGGAAGAAUAUAUGAAUAACUUAGAUUUAAACAGCUGGAAAAAUAAAGGAACAUUAGAUAGUCUUGGAAAUCUGAAGAAAGAUUACAAACUUCUAAAGGAGAAAAACAACAAUUUAGAAAAAGAGUUGGCUGAGUUAAAACUAACAGUAAAAAAAAUGUCCUCAUUUGAAGCUCAAGUUGUGGAACUAGAAAAAACGAAUAAUGACUUGAAGGGAAACCUGAAAAGUCAACAGGCGGAGAUUGCCAAAUGUGAACAAAUAGAACUUAAUUUAAGCUCUCUAACUACUGAAAACCAAAAACUUCAGCGAAUGCUUGAGACUAACCAGCAGAGAAUAAAAGAUUUACAGCAAGAUCUUCAAGCAACUGAGAAUGAAAAUCAGAAAUUAAAUAAUAAUGUUGAAAGUCUCAAGUUGUCUGUUCGAAAAUACCAUGAUUUGGAACGUGAGACUACAAAUUUGGAGACUAUAAACCAUAGGCUAGAUCAGGAAAUGAAAGGCUUAGAAAAGGAAAAUAAUAGGCUCAAAACUGCUAUUGAGUCAAAAGAUUCUACCAUAGAAGAGUAUGCUUCUCGAGCCGCUUAUUUGGAUAGGGAGAACAAGCAGCUAGUAAAAGAGGUGGAAAAUUUGACUCAGGUAGCUACCAAAGUUAGAGAACUUGAGAGGGAAAAUAAAGAUCUGAACCAACAGACUGCUGUGGAAAAAAAAGCCGUGGAGGUUUUGAGACAGGAUUUAGUUUCUGAAAAAAUUGCAAACCAAAGACUGAUUAAUGAAAUGCAUAAAAUCAAGUCCCAGAUGGAAAGCUAUGAUUUGCCUCAUGAACACUUUUUUAGCAAUCAAGAAAUUCUUCAAAAUGAACUAAAGGCUGCAGAUAAAUUUUUAUGUGACAAAGAGCAAAUAAAUGAGGAAACAUCACUUCUCCCAAAUUACAACACAAGUAACAACAGUGAUUGCGAAUCCAAGAAACUCACACAAGAGAAGCAUUUGGAUCUCAUUCUUAACAGCCCCUCUGAUUCCUCCCCAGAAUUCGAAAAAAAGAAACUGGAUGAUUCUCCAGAAGUGAAAAAUAAACAUAUAACUAAAAAGUUAAGUUUUACUAUUGAAAAAGAAGAAAUCGGCCUCCUGACUCUAAGAGAAGAAUUGCAAGAAUUGAAAGCAGAUGUACUUGACUUGGAAAAAAGAAAAUCAUGUGUUGAAGAGGAGAAUUACAAUCUCAACAAUCAACUUUCCAACCUUAAAGAUCAGAAUAAUAAUCUAAAAUGUCAAGUUGAAUCUCUGGAUCAGCAUUUGAAUUCCGUUGUUUCUCAAAAUGGCACUCUGCAGUCGAAGUUAGCGAAACUGGAAGUGGAAUUUACACUACUUUCAUCUCAGAAUAAAACCCUUACAUCUCAAAACUCUCUUUUCCAAACACAAGUGUCAAAUCUUGAAGAACAACUGAAAAAGGCUAGUGAGCAAUAUACUGAAUUGGACAGUAGGAAUCGCUGGUUGGCCACUGACCAUGAAUCUCUGCAACGUUUACAUGAACAGUUGACCAAUGACUAUGAUUCUUUAGUCAAGAUCCACAGUUCACUCAAAGCUCAUCAUAAAAGUCUGAAAGUUGAGCACAAUUCAUUAAAGGAAAAGCUGCAAGCAGCACAGUUUUCUCAAGAAGAGGUCAUGAGACUCCGAGAAGUGUUGCAAGAUGAUGAAGCUAGAGCCGAGACUAGACUUUUGAAUACAUUACGUUCUGAAACUUUGCAGCUAAAGCUGAAAUCUCUGCAUGAAACGCAUGAAAAUGUAGCUAAAGAGCUGAAAUCCUUGCAAGCUAUCCACAAAUCCCUCAAGACUGAAAAUAACGAACUGAAAUUAAAGCACACUGCCAUGCAAGGAGAGCUCCUCGAAUGUCAAAAUGAAACCUCCUCCCUGGAUAUUGAAGUCUCGAAACUCACCAGCUGCUGUGAGUUAUUGUCACAGAAAAAUUCACUGUUAGAAGAAGAGCAGCAAUCCCUUAUGUCUAAUGUAUCAGUAUUAUUAGGGCAGUACCAUGAGCUUUUGUAUCAAGUUGUUUCUGAACAUGGCCAAUUUCGCAAGGAGGAAAACAGUUUCCGAGAGAAACUGCGAGAAUUGUGUCAACAGAAAGAAAAAUUAGAACAGAAAAUUCUUGACCACUGUUCAAAAUUGCAGAAAUCCCCUAAACGGAAAACAACAUCAGGUGGCUCCAUGCGGAUGCGAAGAACACGUUCAGCUUUUCUACGGAAUUCAAAACACAAUGACCAUUUGAGCUCACAUUCUGACAAUUCAACCGAUUCAAGCUUAUACUGUAGUCUGCGUAGAUCCAACAAAUCAUUGGGGUGGCCUCACAAAAACAGAGGAAGCCUGAUUUUGAAUUUGGAGGAUUCCUGCCAAGAGGAUCACAUUCCAGUUAGAGAUGUUGGCUUAGCUGUGCAGAAAGAUGGGAAUGACCAAAGUACUCUACUGCCUUCAAACAAACAUGAUUCUUCACCUGAUCUCAACGACCUAGGACUUCAGCACACCACUUUAGAGAACAACAUGACCUUGAACUUCAUCACUAACUUGACCAAACCAGAAGGGACGAACAAUCCUGGCCAAAUCUUUUCCAGAAGUGCUUCCUCUCAACAGAUCUCACCUUACAACAUCGGACGUCAUCGCAAUGCUGACAACUCAUUCCAGCCACUGCCAUUCGUCACUUCCCCCAACGACAUCUCUCAGAGCAACAAAACACCUCGACCCCUGUCUGGGUACUCAGACACCAACAGCAACAUUGAUACUACUGAGGCUUCCAAAUUUUCUAGGACUAAAUCAGACAAGAGCUGUGACCAGAGUUCCAGGAAUACUCCCAAAGAAAAGGCGCUCGAGAAUUCAGUGUGGUAUGAAUAUGGCUGUGUAUAACAGAUUAUUUAUUAUUCGUAACUGAAAAAUUAGAGAUGGGUGAAAAUUGCUUAAGAAAAGAUUUUAAUUAUUGCUGCCAGAUUUAAAAAAAGAAUUGGCCAGUUGGCUUUUCAUCCUUCACUACAGUAAGAACUUGAGAGCUUCCAACUAUUGCUGCACUCCAAUAUAUAUAUCCUCUUUUAUGAUUGAUAUUUUUGCUGCCAACAUCUUGACUGCCAACAAUUUCAGCUUUUGAGGCUCUGAAACCAAUCCAAUUUAAUCAUAUAACGUUAAACAAUCUAGUAAUUUUCCAAGACUCAAAUAUUUUUUUUACAGAAAUGCUUAAAAAUAUUUCCUUCUUGAUCAAACUACUUCUAACCGAGUUAGGUGAUAAAUAAGUUGCAUAGUACCACUACAAAAAAUGAUCUUAAAUAAGUGAAAAGGAAAUUAUUUUGGUUGACAAAAUACAAUUGCAUCUUUGGAACUACCUCAGGUUUUACAUCUUGUGCUUUUAUAAUAAAAUAAGAAAUUUUUUUAAGUAGAUCCCAUUAAAUUUCACCUAGCAAUAAUAUUCAGCUUUGAUAGCGUAAGAGUUUUUAAGAUCAAUUUCAUUUUCUUUCCUUUUUACAGACUUAUUUUCAUUUGGGUUUUCAAGGCAAAUACCUAAACAAUUUAAAUUUUUAGUUUUUUUUUUUUUUUUUUUUGUCUUUAGUAGUCAAAAUGAAACGAAUAAAUGAAUUUUAUUAUUGUAAACCCAUUCAUGUGCGUCUAUUUUUGUGUAAUAAGAUCUUAUCAAUAUUAAACAUCUUGUGGCUGUGCAGUCCCAAAGUUAUAUGUAAAAUGGAUGAGAGGUGUCAAAAAAAAAAAAAGAAAGAAAGAAAAAAACAGGUAGUUACAAGUUCACCCAUCUCUAAAAAAUUAGCAAAUUGACAUUAUUAAUGUACAUUUCUAAGUAUUAAAAUGCAAAGGUAAAAUUUUGUUUGAGUUUUAAAAAAUAUAUAUUUAUUAGUUAUACUUGUUGCUAUUUUUCACUAUUUUAGUAUGAUCUCAUUUGUAUUCAAAUUUACUGUGUUUAUUAAUCACAGUAUUAUACUGUUUAUUAUUCAGCGUUAUAUAAAAACAAUUGCAAUAGUAGUUAUAUAAAUUCAUCCAUUUUUUUCUCUUAAGAUAUUUAAAAAUAGAGCUACCGCUACUGUUGAAAUAAUUAGUUUAGCUUCCUGGAAAACUUUUACUUUCCUAUUUUUUAUUAAAAUGGAAAUAAAUAAAUAAAAUAGUGAUAAAUUAUUUAUAUAUGCACAUUCACAGUUCAAUUUUAAAGUGAAAUGUUGCUUAUGUUUAACAUUAAGAGAAUGCUAUUUGCCUUGUUCUAUAAAAUACUGCCACAAUUUCUUAUGUUUGACAACCUGCCCAUUUGUUAUGUGAAAUUUAAAAAAAAAAAAAAAUGGUUGUGUUUAGUGUGUUCAUAUUUUUGAAAAAUGUAAAGGAACCAAAUGUUUAUGAUUUUGUUUUCAAAGAUAUAUAUAAUUAUCUUAUAAAAAUGUAUAUUGUCCAUUAUAGUUUAAAAUCUGUUGAUGUAUACUCUGGAUUUCAAAUAGGAUAUUUAAAAUGUGUAUAUUUUGAUGCCUUAUAUUGCAUUUAUAAACAGUUGUUCAAAUAUUCUACUGUUAGUAGCAUUUUUUUAUUGUUUAGUAAGCAUGUUACUGUAUGAAAUUUCUUUAUUGUACAAAAGAUUUACUGUGAAUAUGUUGAGUUGUUUGUAUGAAAGUUUGUCCUUUGUUUUUCAUUAUUUCAUGCAUGUGGUAUAUUGUCUGUGAUUAAAUAGCACAAUUUCUCUUUUUGCAUAAAGAAUUUUUAUUUUUUAGUGUUCAAUGUAAAAUAUCAAAGACUCUAGUUGACUAAAUAUUUAAGGUGUACAGUCAGAUGUAACUUAACUUUUUUAAUUAGUUUGAUUACACUUCAUGUUAAGUAUAAGUUUUUAGUAUUUUAACUAUACUUUUUUUUUUUUUUUAAUUUGAACAUUUAAGGCACACUAAUAUUGCUUUCAUUAAAAGUUCUUCAAAUAUGUAUUGUGUACUAUGACUACUACUUACUUUUGAAGUUUUAUACUUGUUUUUUCAAUUUAUUUCAAUUUUAUGUUAGGAAGGGAGGAUUUUAAACUCAUUUGACCUGAUCACCCGUCAAAAUGUAACUGUGUUUCAAUUGUGAAGCUUACUGAAUUUGCAUUUAAGCAUUUUUACUAGAAUAUGAAAUCGAUGCUAAACAAGAUAAGUUUUUACAAUAAAUAGUCUAAAAAAAUUCAUAAGUAAAACUCAAUCGAGCAUGUUUGAGGAACUUUGAAUUAUGUGUGAAAUUUUGUUACUGGAAAUUUGUUUUAUUAAUCAAAAAACAGUUGAAUAUUUUGAAUUUUUUUAUGCACUUAACAGUUAAUAAAUUUUGUUUUACAUCGUUAUGUUUUUAUAUUAUUAUCAAAAUAUUAAAUGAUCAAAAUUGUUAAAAUGCAUUUUUUUAAAUCUUACACAUGUUUAACUGCAUUUAAUGUUACUGAUGGCUUUUGAAAAUGUUAUUCAAUUGGCAUUUUUUUAAUGUUGUUCUUUUUCAUUUUGUGAAACAUAUUUCAUUAUAAAACACCUAAAUGUGUUGAUUUGUACUUUUAAAUUUUUUUUUCUGGGAAAAAAGUAACUCUUUUUCUGUUUUAGGAAGUCAUGCAUACUAGAAAUGAUCAAUGUUUUAUUAGAAGUUAUAUGUGAUACUAAGUUUGCUUUUAUUGCUAUUCAAUUCAGGUUUCCUUCAACUUGUAAGCAUCUUAUUCUCCUAAAUUUUAGAUAGAAAUUUUUAUCACUCAGGUAGCAUUGCAAAGGAUAGCAAAUUAUUUAAGCUUACUCAGUGUAUAUCUAUAAAAUGAUUAUAUGUAGCUAAUACAAGAAAAUAAAAUUUAAUUCUCU